UCCCCUUUCGCCAUAGAUUUCGUUCCCUGUUGUAUAUCCAUCGAAAAUGUGCACUUAUCAUGGGAUAGAAUGGUAAUUCAGACGAAAUACGAAUUUCAUCUUUUAGGAUAUAUAUUAGACAGUCGCAUUUCAAGGUUUCCUGCCAGGUGCUGAGCUGAGUGAUGUUUGUUUAGGGGAGGCGUACAGCGUGCGUGGGAGUAAAUGCAUCUUCUUGAAGAAAUUGUCUGCGUAUGUGUGCUCACAGCGGUAACACACGUGGCUGGUGACUAUGGGAAAAGAGAUUUCCGCUAUAUGGAGGAUGGGGUCACGAAGUGGUGUGUUUAUGGCACUGCAAGAGAUAUUGAACAAUAUGGCUCUGAGAGUCAGUGUACUGAGAAGGUCUUGCCCGUUGAAAAUCAUACUCUAAAUGGAAAAGAAGAAAGAUUUUAUGCAAGGCUGGCAUCCGUUGAGGGAGGCAGAAACCGAUACAUUAAAAACUGCACUGCUCCACCGAACAUCACGGGGGCUGACGUCGACUGCAGGGAUUACAACGGUAAUGUGGUUGUCCGAGUCUACGACACCUGCCGAGUCAACUGCGUCUCGCCUGGUAAGGCAGCCACCCAGGCGACAACCACAUGUCAGACUGACGGACAGUGGGAGGACGUCAAUUGCGUACCACACAGUUGUCGCCCAUUGGAGAACUUCAUGAGAUCCGAUGGGAAUGCGUCAUGUGACACUGCCGCCUGGCUUCCACUGAACUCAACAUGUUCGGUGACCUGUCCUCCGGACUAUGAGCCCGCGUCCCGAGUCUUCCAGUGUGUACAGGGCCUGUGGGACAUCUUGAAGACCUGUGCUCCGCGGGCCCCAGUUUCAAGGAACCAUGAACCUGAAGCUGCAGACGAUUGGAAGAUACCUACACUAUGCAUCGGGCUGUUUUUGGUACUCUUGGUAAUUGGAAUAUGCAUAUAUUAUAUGUAUAGAAGAAAACAUAGAAAAAAGCGAGAUUUAUCAUUGAAGAAUCCAAAAAUGGAGAAUGUGUCUCUCUUACCCACAUCCACAUCCCCCUCCUCCUCCUCCUCCUCCUCAUCUGUGAUCACCAGCACCGGUUCCAGCAGCAGGAGUGAGGGCAGUGAGCAGUUGUCACAGUCCGAGGUUGUGGUUGAUGUGGGAGAGGGAGAGGGAGAGAGUGAUGGGCUAAGCACUGAUGAAGAAGCUAAGGAACUACCCCCUUCAUAUAGAGCUGUUAUGUGUGAGGAUCUUGUUCGAAAUGGUGAUGUCUGUGGUCCUGGAUCGUGUGAAGUGAGGUUGUGGUACUGCUAUGGCGAUGACCAGUGGAUUCCUCUGUCGCCGGAGAAUGAACUUGCCGUUGCUGAGGAAACAGUAUUGAGCAUAAACGCUCAUUGCUCCAAGGGCCAUGACAUACUCAGGUUGAAAUGUGGGCCCCCAUUUAGUGAUUACCAGGAGUGGGCGGACAGGAUGACGGUGACCAUCAAACGGGGGGAUGCUGGCAGCUUCUUGUUGUGGACGCAGUGCUCCCACCUGGAGGAUCUGGUCGUUGUCGUUGUCAACAUUCAACUGACUGAUGUGACAGGCAACGUAGACCACACCAACGUAAAGGAAGUGGUCCGGGCUGAAGUCUGUCUGGGGUCACUGGCCAAUACGGUGCAAGAAGCGACUAUUGAUGCUUCCAGUGGUCCCUCCCAGCCACUGAAAGCGGAACUGACCUCCCUCCCGAGCGACCCAUGUCUGUACAAGUCCAGCCUGACUGACAUAGAGGAGAGGGUAGGGGGUGGAGCCAGAGCUGUGGGCAGAACUAUGGGCGGAGCCAACCCCAAAGCUCCUCUCCGACCUGCUAGAUCAGUUACCUCCCUUGCAAGCCGGAAUUCGAUCCCUCCCAUGAAUGAUGAGGAAUCCGAGAGUUGUACUCUUCGGCUCAGUGAACUGAGGGAAAGGAGGGACUUAAAGAAGAUAUGUGAUGAUCUUGUUCUGAAGCUGCAACCUACAAACGACAAACACAUCAAUUUGACAAUUUGUGGAGCAGCAAUGGACAUACUUGGCUUUUCAAAUGAGAGAGUGAAUUAUGUGACGUGGGCUAGGAGAGAAGACCUGCGCAACAGCCCUGCCCAUGUCAUACUAACGUACAUGAUCCAGAAGGGCACGACUGCGUGUCACCUGGUGCGGUACUUCGCUGAUCCAGACCACCACAGAGUUGACAUCAUACGUCUACUACAGACAGCACACCCUGACUGUCCUGCUUGUAGAAAGUAUUAUAUAUAUAGAUAAUGGGUCCCAUCAGUUGUGAGGCUGAAUAAUUCAUUUCCAUCCGCAAAACCCCAUUCUUCUCUUCUACCAGCACGUUUUAGUUAGAUUCUCUCUUGACACUUGCUGAAACAAAUACUAAAUCUGAAUCUCAGAAAAUUAUAGAGGUUAAGGACUGUACUGUCUCACAUACUGAUUUUUAUAUGUCCAUGCUGUUUAUAAGUGUUGACGUCCAUUCACUCUCCAAUCAACCCCCAACCCCCCCAAAAAAAUAUAUUUUAGAAAAAAUAUUGUUCAUUCACAACAGUUAUUUAUUAAUCAUCAUCAGAAACCUGGAAAAGUUAUACAUACAUACACAUGUCAUGUACAUGUACUUGAUAUUUGUUGUACUAAAAUAACUAAGAGAUCAUCUUCUUCUCAUAAGAAUGAAAGUCAUAUACCGUAUUCACCAUAAUAAGGGCCUCGCUCUAAUAUGCGCCCACGGCGAUAUUUGCUAAUAUAUUGGCUAGUGAACAAUCCCAAUUAGCACCCUUCCGAAUGAUCAAUGUACACAAGACUUAUUUAUUUGUGUAUAAUACUCACUUGUGUGUUAUAUGGAC